GCCCGCCCCCCGGUGGGCCGUGUGGCAGCAGAGGCGCCAUUGGCGGAGCGCGUGUGCGGGCCCGGGAGCGGCGGCAGCGGCCGGAGCCCGGUGAGGCGGCGGCGGAGCUCGGAGGCGGCCCCAGCGCAGCCAGGGCUUUUCAUUCCCAAGGAGAAUUUGGAUGGAGAAGGAAAAGCCCCGGAGAUCCCGCCCGAGGAGGGGCUGCAAAUCCAGCGCAGGGAGAUGUGAGGAGGAAAGACCCUCCCUGUGCCAGGAGGGCGGCCAGAGAUGCAGGCAGAGCUCAGAGCUGGGGGAGGGGAGAAGCCCCACAAGUGCCUGGAAUGUGGGAAGGGUUUCAGGCGGUGCUCUGAACUGAUCCGGCACCAGAGAAUCCACACUGGGGAACGGCCCUACGAGUGUGGGGAGUGUGGGAAGAGCUUCAGCCAGAGCUCAAGUCUGAUCCGGCACCAGAUGAUCCACACUGGGAAAAGGGACUACACCUGCCUGGAAUGUGGGAAGAGCUUUGCAUGGAGCUCCAACCUGAGAAAACACCAGAGAAUCCACACCGGGGAGAGGCCCUACAAGUGUCCCGAGUGUGGGAAGAGGUUUAAGACCAGCUCCAGACUCCUCAUACAUCAGCGGAUUCAUACAGAGGAGAGGCCCUUCCGCUGCCCUGAGUGUGGGAAGGGCUUCAAUCGCAACUCACACCUCACUGUCCACCGGCGCAUCCACACCGGGGAGAGGCCCUAUGAGUGUCCUGAGUGCGGGAAGAGGUUUCAGACCAGCUCCACUCUCCUCGUACAUCAGCGGAUUCACACUGGAGAGAGGCCCUAUGAGUGUUCCAAGUGUGGGAGAAGGUUUCAGGCCAGCUCCAAACUCCUCCUACAUCAGCGGAUUCACACGGAGGAGAGGCCCUUCUGCUGCCCCGACUGCGGGAAGGGCUUCAAGCGGAACUCACACCUCACUGCCCACCAGCUCAUCCACACCGGGGAGAGGCCCUACGAGUGUCCCCAGUGUGGGAAGAGCUUCUCACAGAGCUCUCACUUGACCCAGCACCAACGGAGGCACCACUAAGGGAAGCCCUGUGAGUGCCCCAAGGGUGGGAAGAGCUCCGUGCACUGCUCCAGCUCCAUUCCCCAUGGGAGGAUCGGCGUUGAAUGAUCCCCAGUGACCCCUGGUGAUCCUGAUGACUCCUGGUGAUCCGAUCAGAGACCUGAUGAUCCGUGGUCCUGGUGACAUCAGUUGCAAAGACGCCUGGUGUCACCCUGUUCUUUUAGAAACUUUUUAGGCUUCUGUUGUUGACAUUUUUGGAGCCAAGAUUCUCACACUUCUAACAGUUUCUUAAUGUUAAAAUAACACUGUUUACCUAACGGUAGUUUUUUGGUUUACAUCCCUUUUUGGGGUAGAAGAACUGAUUGACUGUCUGUUUGAACAGUGUGGUUGGAGGGGUCAUGAUCCAAUCCACCAAUCCACAACUGGUGCCAUAACUGUAUAAAUAUGAAAGAAAGUAAAGUUCUGCCCCUUCUUUCCUGCUGGGACAUCUGUGAGUCACGUGGUUCUUUCAUGUCUGACUGUGUCAGUUGGUGACCCCACGUGAGGAACAGCUGGUUGAGGUCCUAAUACUUCUUACUCCCCCUUCCUUGCUCCUGCAAUGAUGGCGACCCCUGUGGUCCCAGCAUAGGAUUUCUUGGUCCUGGAUAUCUGGAAAGAUCUCAUGGAGAGGAAGAAAGCAUCUGUUUCCUACAUGGUUUUGAAAAAUUGUUUUUCUGGCAACGAGAGCAGGAGUUCUUCCCAACGCCUGAGGAUGCAUUCUCUAAGGAGGUGUGGUUUCGAUUAGGCCAGUGUUUGAUGGAAGUGUUCGCUGCUGAUUUUAGUGUAGAGGUGGCGCUUGUUAGUACAGUGGAAACCGUUUGACUCGAUUCUGCAGGGCCUGGACACCUCUAGCUCAGGCUUCUGCAGACAGGCAGAGCUCCCAAAGCUCCUCUCCGGCCCCAGGUGAUUAUCUAGAGCAGAGCGGGGAUGUCCUGUCGGACGUCGCUGUGCCGGCAGCUGAGGUGGAUUUUGGUUUCUUGAACAUGGCGGAGCCCUCCCCUCCUCCCCACAAUGCUGUGCUGGGGGGCGCUUCCACCCCUGAUUACAAUCUUGGUUCCCUGGGGUGAAGGGGGGUUCCUAGCCCGCCAGUCCAACGCCCCUGGCGAGUGGGCGGGGCCCCGCCGGGCUCUUGGCAGUUCUGUGGAGCCGGCAGUGCCGGUCCCACCCAUCCCUGCACCCUGGAGUGGCACUGCGGGGCGCAGCUGCCCCCGCUUCAUGGUUUCCCAGCCCCCAGGGGCUGCGAAGAGCCCCUGGCUCCGCCUCCGCCACUCCUUGACUCUGAUUUGGUAACGACUCUGCCUGAAUUGCGGCAUUUCCACUACAUAUCCCUUGGAUGCAGCGGGGGCAGAGCCCACCUCGCUGCCACCACCGCUUUCAGCCGAGGGGGGCCCGGCAUCGGCUGCUUUGCUGCCUGUGCCGCCAGUUGCACAUGUGCGGGAGAUGCAAGCCACCAGAGUUGGGGUUUUGAUCGACUUUCUGCCGGACAUUGUCCUGGUUGGUGGGCAGCCUGCCCCGCUCCACUCAGGAGGGGCGAUGCCUGCUGUAGGCUUCUGAGCCAUGAGCAGGACUCUCUGGGCAUGGUCCUGGACCCCGUCUUCCCAGCACUGCCGCCGGGCGUGGCAGGGGGUGCAGGGCACGGGGCGGGGCUGAUCUUGACUUCGGGUGGCUCUGCACAGCUCUCUGCCCCGCCCGAGGUUCCCUCCCUGCCCGCACCGCCAGCACUGCCUGCAUUAGUCCCUAUGGUCGGGACGCAGGCCAAUCCCGUGGCUCUGCAAGCCAUGCUCUUCAUCGCACCCCGUUCCCCCCCCAUGCCAAGGGAGGGGUGCCAAGCACCGGCCCCAC